GCAAUGUCUGCAGUGGCUGUUUUAGUUGCUGUUUUAGUAGUUGUAGUUUUGUACGUGUUGCUGUAUUACCGAAGUAAUAGUGAUGAACCACCGUGGAUGCCGUAUUUAUUACCGUGGCUGGGCAGUGCAAUCGAGUUUGGAAAAGCUCCUCUUCUCUACAUCGACUACGCAAGACAGAAGCUGGGUUCUACUUUUACCGUCCUAGUGGCUGGAAAGAGGAUGACUUUUGUGACUGAUUUCAAUGAUUUCCACUCAUACUUUAAUUCCCGUCAAGCUGAUUUUCAACAGGCUGUGCAACAUUUUACUGAGAGAACAGCGGGUGUUUCACCUUUGUCAUUUGCUUCUUAUCACCGAAGUGUGCAUGACACUGUGAAAGGUCAUCUGUCUGUACAGAAUCUUGCUUCUUUGCGUGAAAGACUGAGUUCAAGCUUUUCUAAACGCCUACAGACUUUUGGUGAUAACACUGUCAUUGAUCUGCUGUCUUUAAUUCGAGAUGUCAUGUUUCCUUGUACAGUGGAUAAUCUUUUUGGCAGUGGGGUCUUACCUUCCAGUCAGUCAUCUCAUUUUCCUGACAUCUCAUCCAAGCGAUGUGAGCUUCACGUUUCUCAGCUAUCAACUGUAAUGUACGCUCAGAAAUCCAUCUAUUCUUCCUGGUUUGAACAACAUUGAGGUGUUCAUUUGCGGAUUCCAUAAUUGCACUACAAAAGUCAGACCACAUAGCUUCAGUCUCAGCAGAUAAUCUUUGUGUGAAUGUAGUCAUGACGUUAUUUUGAUAUUUGCCUAGUGCAAUAGGAUCACUGAGUACGUCUCGUGUAAAGGUUUUCACUCGUCUUUCCCCACGUGGUUUCUGAAA